GGAUUUUCAAACCUCCUGCAUCUAAGCCUACCGCCUCCGCCGCCUCCUCCAAACAUCCUCCAUCACGUCCACGUGGCCCACAUGACCGACUCGAGCAUCGAGGAGCGGCCCUCCUUCGCCUGGGGCGACGUGCAGCCCUUCGUCGAACGGCACUUCUUUGGCGCUGUGGAGCUGGUGAAGUCGCUGCCGUCGGAGCGGGAUUUGAACUUCCUGGUGAAAUUGGACGAGGAGCUGGCGGUCUUUAAGGUCCACAAUCCCACGGAUCUGCAGGACUUCGUGGAAUGUCAGUGCCUGGCCCUGGAGCACGUCGCCCAGCAUGGUGCCUGCUGUCAGCGUUUGCUCCGCUCCAAGAGCAAGGAGUUUCUCAUAGCCUUGGAACUCGAAGGCCACCGGCGAUGCAUGUGCAGAGCCCUGAGUUUUUUGCCCGGGCGUAUGUUGGCAGAGGUCGCGCAGGAGAUGGCGGAGAGUGGGGAGAGAUUGGCACAGUUGUUUGAUGCGGUUGGGACGGCUGUGGGGCAGGUGACGGCAGCGUUGCUGACUUUUGAGCAUGCAGCUGCAGAGCGCGAGUUUGUUUGGGACCUCCAGCGAUGCUCGCAAGUGGUUGAUGCUCACAUCAGUGAUGUUGAGGAGGACAAUCGUGCUUUGUUGCAGCGUGUGCUUCAGUGCCAGAUGGUCGAGUUAAGGAAUUUGCUCCCGCGACUUCGGCGCUCGAUUGUUCACAACGACCCGAAUGACUACAAUCUGGUGGUGAAUGGUGGGCAGGUGGGAGUUCUGGACUUUGGAGACAUGGUGCACAGCUACACUUGUGCAGAUGCUGCGAUUGGCAUGGCGUACCUUCUGUUCCACGUCCCUAGCAGUAUGCCUUUGGUGGAGGGGGUCUUGCCUUUUGUUCAGGGCUUUCAUCGAGCCUGCCCUCUGGAAGAGGUGGAAGUCGAAGCACUUUUUGGUUUGGCGGUAUGCCGUGUUUGCACCUCUCUAUGCAUGUCGGCACAUCAGAGCAAACUGGAGCCCGACAACGAGUACUUGCUGAUCAGUGCCAAGCCUGCGUGGAGGCUCUUGACACGAGUCGAUUCAGAGAAGGUUGAGCAUGCCAAAGACAUUUUCAAGCAGAGUUUGGGACUUCAACCUCGAAGCACUCACUGAGGCGCCAAAGGUCUGCGGAGGAGCUCGCCACUGCCACCUCUUCCCAUUGUGGUAAUCUGUUUGGGCAGAACCCUUGUUAGUUGUUCGGAGUACAAGUCACUUGCGGGGGGCCCAUGCCAAGUAAACAGACUUGGCAACCUUCCCAAGCUGUUGCCGUGUACCUCUCAUAUCUCCUGUCCUG